AUGGGCCUUGUUUGGGACCUUGGAAUGAAAGGAGGAAUCGAUUCUUAUUUAGUCGAUCAGGAUAUUAGUAAAUUGAAAGCAGAGAUUCAUCAAUUACACGAAGAAGGCGAAAUGCUCGAUAGAAUUGAAAUUGCGUCUCUUGCUUUCAGUAUAAAAGUUGCGAGAUAUUCAGAAGCAGUACAGUUUCUCAAUGCCAUUGAAUGUCCUUCUCUAAUUGCAUGA